AUGUCUGGUGUGGAGGAGCAACAGAUAAUGGAUCGGACUGGUCAUUGUUCUCAAGCAGGUGUCCGUAAAUACAAAAGAUCCAGUGUGCAAAUGGAAGCUAAUGUGUCAAAGAUCUUGGAUCCGCCCAAAGAGUGUACCGAGAAUUCCACUCCGAUGAAUUCUCUAGAUGGAUGCGAUCCGGAUAUUACAGACAAGUGUCCCGCUAUUCCAAUGACUGCAGCAAGCGUCCAGGACACAAAAUGGGAUGACAUAGGUUACAAUUUCUUAGUUGGGGAUGAUGGAAAUAUUUAUGAAGGCCAAGGCUGGGGUCGACAGGGAAUUCAUGUUGGAAAUAACAAUGACAAAGCAUUGGGUGUAUCAUUCAUUGGAACUUUCAUGGAUAAAGUCUUUCCCGGCGAAGCCGCGAUAGGCGCAGCAAAGAAUUUGAUUCAAUGCGGUGUGGAUUUAGGCUACAUAAGUACUGACUACCAACUUCUUGGACAUCGCGCUGUAAAGGAUACCCUGUGUCCGGGAGAUAACUUAUACGAUGCAAUAAAGGAGUGGCAUAACUUUAGUGAAAAACUGAAACCCUUAAAAGAUAAGAAUACUUGA